UGACGUUGACAAUUAAAUUGACAGCAGCUAGCUAGCUGAAGUUCUAAUUUUCCGUCAUUUGUCUUCAUUCCAAAAUUAAAAUUUUGGGCUUUUUUGGCUGAGCAAGUGUUUAACGAAAUAUCAAAAUGAGUGCCGCCGCUAAAGUACCUUCCUUAUUGAACUCGGCCCUCGCUCAGGCCAGGCCCAAAUUCAACAUCUUCUUGAAAUACGCGCGUGUCGAGCUGGCCCCACCCAAAGCUAGCGAGAUCCCUCAAAUCAAAGCCGGCAUUGCAAAGCUGCUGAACGGUGCCAAGACUGGCUCAUGGAAACAGUUGACAGUGAAGCAAGCGACCUUGAACACACUUGUCGGAGCCGAGGUUCUGUUUUGGUUUUAUGUGGGAGAGUGCAUCGGCAAGCGUCACCUGGUCGGCUACGAUGUUUAGAUUAUAAGGGCAUCUCUGUAGAUAUACUGUAAUAUGUGAAAUAAAUUAAUAAAAGCCAUCUAUUAUGUACUAUUAUUUUA